AUGGCCAACAUGAGCAGGUCAUUGUUUACAAACGAGAACGAGCAGAUGGAGUCACCGCAGAAGUUUAGUCCGCUACAUUUCACCUUGUUCAAAGGAGAAGAAGAUCCAGACAGACACUUGAUGCACUACCAAAAUGCCAUGACCAUCUACUACAGUAAUGAUGCUUACUGGUUCCACACCUUGUCGCCACAAUCAAUUCAGAACUUUAGUGAACUUUCCUUGGUUUUCAUUAAGGAAUAUUCGUUUCAUUGCUCGAUCAAGAAAAAGUCUGACCACCUUUUCAACAUGAAGAAUGACCUGAAUGAGUCACUUUGCACAUAUGUCAAGAGGGUCAAGGUGGAGAAGAUGAAGAUUGUCGAAUGCAAUGACAACAUUGCGUACUCAACCUUCCGGAAGGGGCUUCCAGCAGAUCACUCACUUUUCGAAGAACUGAUCAUGAGCAAGAACUUGACCCUAGCAGACUUUUAUGUUUUGGCAGAAAAGCACUCCUUUUAG